GUGUGACGUCAAUAUACCGCAGACUUCGUCUUCGUUCAAAAGAAACAAUUUCUUGUGCGCUGCGGAACAGGUUCAUUUUUUUCUUGGAGUUUAAUCAAUUAAAAAACGCGAUUUAAUUUCUUAAAAUCAAGUACGUAAAACAUUUCUUGACACAGAAUUUUUCCUUUAAUAUAUUGUGAGUUCUAUACAUACAGCAGACGAAACUUCAGUUUUCCAGACGUCAAGAAAUCCUCGCAAGAAAUAUUACACCAAACAUGGGCACUCGUUUUGGUCAAGUUAGUCUUCUCUUUGGGAUAUUUAUAUCUCUAAUUUUUUCGGUUUCGUCGAAUCAUAUCAACGAGACGGGUCCCCCAAGAUUACUUGGUUUUAUAAUUCCGGGAGAAAAAGGUGCUCGACCACGGCUACAACUAAUACCAGGUGCGCAGCGUUUUCUUGGACAAGGUCGGCGCAUUGCGGCAGCGCCUCUUUCUAGGUUGCGGGAAAUAGGAGUUGAGGGUUUGCCUUCGGCAGCUAGAAGCUCAUUACGUUCAGUUCCAUUCAAUCCUCGAUCUGUGGUUGAUGCUGUUAGAAGAGUCAAUCCAGGAACACAGAAUGGGGCAGCAACUAAUGGAGAAGCAAGAAGACAAGCGAACGUGAUGCUUGUUCGUCCUCCUUCGAGAAGUGCUAGUGCGGCCGGUUUAACUCCUGAAGUAUUACAACAAAUACGACAGGCCAUACAAUCUCGAGGUUCCUCAAGAGUAGGAACUUCAAAUGGAAUAAGAGGAAGAGCUAGUUCAUCGUCAUCUUCUUCGUCUUCUUCCUCGUCGUCUGCAUCAUCAUCAUCAUCGUCACAGUCCAGAAAUGCUACUAAUAUAAGUACAAGGCCAAGGACCAGGGAAGAACUAAUUGCAACAAUACGUAGACGCAUAAAUGCUGCGAGAGGACGGGGAAAUAUCGCAAACGAACCAUCAGGUGUCAAUACAGCUGUUCCAACCAAUGACAUACAACCUGUUUCAGCAUCUAGCUCUGUCAGUAAGUCUGGUUCGACUUCGUUUUCGUCCAGCUCUGCAUCCUCUUCAAAUAACAAUUCGUCUUUCAUAAAUGAAAGACCAGGUGUUCAUCAAAAUGACAGAUCUGCGUCAGCUUCUUCUGCUAAAUCAGCAUCUUCAUCUUCAUCAUCAUCAAACAAUAUGCAAAGGAGUGACGAACGUCUGCCUGGAGCAGUGACGCUUAUUGAGGAAACUGGAAUACCAGCAGUCCCCGUUGUUGCUGCGGGAACAGAUACCAUUAUUGCACAGCCGGGUGUAAAGGUUGUUCCUGUCAUUCCUCCAUCCCCUACAGUCAUUACUGAGCAACAACCAGCGAUUGUUGAUGUCAGGCCUUUAACACAGCCGGCAGAAAUCUUUACUAUGGCACCAACGGCUGCAACGUUCCCCAAUGUUCCGUUCUCGCAGCCUAAUGCUGGAGUGCUACCUACAGCAAGUAAUCCAGUACGUGAUAUGAAUAUUCAGUCAGGACUUGAGUUCCAAACUGGCAUUCAGUCUAUGAACCAACAGAUACCACAGACAGACUUUGUUACAUCUACAGGUGCAGGAUUUGCUCCACUCAACGAAGGACCAACGUUUCAGGUUUUGAAUCAGGCCCAAUCGUUAUCUGGAAGCAUGGCGGGAAAUAUUGGUUCAUCCAGCAUACAAGUUGAUAGCGUAGUUCCAUUUUCAAGAUCGGAUGUAUUGGGUGCACCAUCAGAGUUUACUGCAGCAGGGGCUUUUGAUAUUGCACCACCAUCUCAAAUUGGAAACAAUCAGAAUAUGGGUAGAGCGAAUAUUUUUGAUACCAACCUUGGUUUUCGUGAUGCAACUUCAACAUUAGAUGGAAAUAUGAAUGGGAUAUCCACUGGUACAGGGGAAACCAAUAGUAUCCAGACAGUUGUGAACGUGAACAACGACGUUUUAUCUGGCUCGUUAGAAUCAAAUUUUAACUCACCAUCUUCGUCAUUAUCUUCAUUUCCAGCAAGUUCUAAUCUCAAUGCUUUCAAUGAAAUGGCUUCCGCAUCCACAAGCACUGGCAUCAUUACAAAUGCUGAACUCGGACCCGGUAUAAACGGACCAAUAGUUUCAAAUAUUGGAUUUAAUAAUGAACCUACAAACUUCCAAAUGCAGCAUAAUAGUAUGCAUAAUAAUAACAUUGCAAACACAUUGACAAACUCAUUGACAGAAGCUGGUCAGUCUGCUAAUGUCGACUGGGGACUUGGUUCCCCUACAGGACUGUCAAAGGCAUCUAUGACUGAAACAAAUACAAAUACUGCUUUCGGGACUCCAAACAGCCAAAUUCCAUUAGCCAGCAACAAUUUUGACUCAUUCGGAACGAGUUUUGUGGGAACAAGCAGUGAAGGAAGGUUGGAUACAGCUCAGUUUCCUUCAACCUCUGGAGGAUUAACUAAUGACCCUAUUCAGACAACAAAUUUUGCAUCAUUAAAUGAUGGAACAAUGGCCAGUUCAAACACCGGAGGAUUCGUAGGAAAUGAUGUUCAACGAUUUAGUGUUACUAACGGUGUACGUUCAAAUGAUGUCGCUCCAUUCGGCGUUGACAGUAGAACAGCAAUGGGAAUGUCACCAGAUAGUGUAAGUCAUUCAACACCUGGAAGACUGACACCUAAUGUACCUUCAACAAUUCGACAUAACCCGGCGGCAAUACGAUUAGUCGUUGAAGAUGUAAUUAAAGGUGUGCUAACAAAGACAUUCGGCAACAACACUUACGGAACUAUGCCAGAUAUUAGUGAACUCACAAAGGCAGUGAUGCUUUCUCAAGGAUACCCUAUGGUUCCCGCUGACAAAGGGACGACUUCCAACCCUGUUACUCCUGCACCUGCUUAUACGAUAGGAAAUCAGAAAACUUCCUAUCAGGAAACCGUUACACCGAGCCAGUAUCAAAAUACUCAGACACCUAGUUCUCAGACUAAACAAACAGUUAUGUACGAAAACACAAACAUGUCUCCGCUUAUGAAUAAGUCAGAAAUUCAGUAUGAAAGUGUUCAGAAAACGCUGCUUGUGAACAUCACAGUUCCUUAUACCAAUGAAACAAACAAUAACGGAAAUAACUCUCAGGCACAGAAUGCUUAUACUCAAACAGAAAAGUACCUGCCUACUUCAGGAGCUUAUAUCAAUAGUGAAACAGCUAAGCCUAUUGAUAGCUUAGGAGCCAAUACCGGUAUCAGUGAAACAUUUCAAUAUGUAACAAAGUCGGAAGUUAAUAAUGUCAAUAGUCAAACAACACAAAAUGUGAAUAAGAAAGUUAGUCAAAAUGAAAACAACCAGACAGCACAGACUGUGCAAAUAAAAAAGGACAACACAUCCAUUACGCACCAGUAUCCGAUAACAAUGCCAGAAACUACUUCUCAACCAACUUAUCCAGCAACAGCAACACCGGGAUAUUUAACAACAGUACCAGCUGCUCCUAAUAAAAUCACAUCUAAACUGGUUGGAGACUGGUCAACGGUGACAGAAAAGGUUGCUACACAAGGUGCUGCCGAAUACGUUGAUGUAAAUUCACUUCAAAAUAUAAUUUCACCUGAAAUUCCAAACCAGUCUGGACAAUAUAGCAACACUCAACAAAUAAUAAAUGUGAACAACUAUACUGCGACUGAGCCUCCGACAAGUGUCCAGCCAGCUACCCAAUACAUUCCUAAAGAAACAGCAAAUAUUGAGACAGUUACAAGUCGAGUUGCAGAAACAACAGCCACGGCGUCAAAAACAAUCAACAUUACAAGUAACCCAGGUAAAGCUUAUCAAGAAUAUUACUUACAAUCUAGCUUGCCAUCUGCUGAUUCAAAUAAAAUUGACAUUGUCAGUUUAGUUGAACCAAAACCACCGUUAAACAAUUACAAACAAAAGGAGGUUUUACCUAAUGCUAACGUUAAUAUAGCUCCUCCAAAAGCAAACAUUUUGGCUAGACUGCUGUCAAAACUGGUUGGCGUGAAUGCAACUGAAAUGGAUUUCUUCAAGUUUCAUAAUCUCUUACAUCACCAUCCCCAUGUUGAAACUACUACUGUCACGACAACCACAACAACACCAGCACCAACAACGACUUUGUCUGUUUUGAAUUAUUUAUUAAGAGACGAUGUUAUUGCCAAGCUAAUUCAAAGAUUGAAAUUAAAUCAUGUGCAUACACAUGCACCACACGAUUUGACACAUAAGCCAUCUGUUAAUUACAUAAAUGCAACAGGCCUGGCUGAAACGAUACAAAAUCUACCUAUUGCGAGUUCUAGCAACAUAAACACACCACAAAUUGCAGAAACUUAUCCGCAGACAUUAAAUGGUCAAUCCACAUUGGGUUCAGCAAGCCAGCUUUCUCCAAAUGGAAUAAUGAACUUAUACCCGACUGUAGCUCCAGUUCACGAAUAUGUCACUGCGGCAAAUAAUGUUGCCCCAGCUUAUACUGCAGUAGCAAGCCCUGCGCAUGCAUUUGUUUACGAUAACAAUGCAACAGUAAUACCUAGUUAUGCUAAUUCAACUGCCGUAAAUGAACCUUUGAAUGCAACUUCAACGGCGUAUCUGGCGGCAAAUGAAACUGCUUAUUACGAUUAUGCUAAUGCAUCUGCUAUGGAUUAUUAUGCAAAUACGACUGCAAACGCGACGGCGUAUGAAAUGACAACAAAUAUUGUAACGACAAUGGACCCGGACAUAGCAGCGGAAAUGGCUGAAAUGGCUGAAGCAGAAGCUGAAUUACUUGCUGAAGCGGAGGCAGAGGCUGAGGCAGAAGCUGAGGCGGAGGCUGAAGCUGAAGGAGAACCGGUUUAGAACAAUGAUAUUGUUUAAAAGAAACCAUGUGCCAUAAUUUCAACUUUGUUAAAAACAAUAAUCAAAUUAAGCUAUAAACUUGAUUUGUUAACACAUUUAAGAACGCGUAACCUAAGAUUUCACAGUCGUUUAGAUUUUUCUAAUUCAUACAUAUGGCAUAGAUAAUAAGUUCAAAAAAUACUUAAAGCAAGCCUUGAUUUUAUUAUCAAUCGCGUAUCUGCUUGAUGUAUAACUAAACAUAUAAGGAAAAGCAUUAAUGGUCAUUACAUUUCGUUGUAAAUAUUAUAUUGAUUGGAAAGGUCCAUUAUGCCAAAGAAAUUAUUUUUUUUAUUUCGCAGAAGCAUAUUUAUUAUUGAUGUCAUGUAAUAGUUUUUUUAGUUAUAUAUUGACCAAUCACCUGAUCCAUCUUUUGUUUCCCUUGCUUAUUUGGUAAAUAGCACAGUUAGAGUGCUUAAGUAUUUUGUAUGGAAGUCAAAUUACUACGUUGCUUACAUUUUGAUAUUUUUAUGUCGGAUAUUUUCACAUUCAGCUCUACUCUCUUUAGAUGAUAAGCAUAUAAUAUGUUCUUAAACCAUUUUAAACGUUUUUCAACUCAUGUUUGCCCUUUCUAAAAAAUCAUUUUCUGUAGAAGGAUCAAUUCAUUCGUUUGGGAGGCAUAAUGUGCUGACUUUUUUUUUGCAGUUUAUCCAUUUAUAUAAAACACUUUCGAAUGUACCAGCGUUCAUUUAUCUGCUCAUAGGUUACGCGUUCCUUUCAUGUGUUAUGUAUAAAUACAUCAAUUCGGUAGUAUUUAUUCAUUACAUCAAUUCUUGCUUGAUUGAUAUCAAAAUAAUAAUCAAUCAACAGAUAUUCGGAUAUAUUUUGUUAGUAUGUUUCUCUCGUAUAUAACAUAAAGAAGCAAAAUAUUUAUUUCUUGCAAACAAGUCUUUUAGCUCACUUGUCACGCAUUGAUAGCGUGGACUUUAUGGAUCAUUGGCUGUCCGUCUUCCGUCAUCCACAAUUUAUUCAAAUGACAUCUCCUUAAAAACCAUAAAAAUAUAUUUAAUAAAAUUUGUUAGAAAUGUUCCUGUCAUGAAGCUUUUCCAAUUUGUUUAAUGGUUCAUUGCUUAUCUGGAGAACAGAAGCUGAAACCAGAAUUUAAGAAUGCAGAAAAUCGUGUACUGCUUAAAGCUUUGACAGAUGACUGUCUAAAGCUAUCAGAGACUUCCAUAACAAUCACUGACUUUGUUUUAUAAUCAUUAACUUUCCGUAGAAAUUAUUGACUUUCCUUAGCAAUAUUUACUUCCUAAAGCAACAAUUGACUUUCCUUAAAACCAAGUGACUUUCAUAGCAACCAUUUCCUUUCAACAUUGACGUUUUUAAAUAUACCCAAAUUCAGAUGUUUAGAUAUGAACUUUGAUAACAGAUGACCUAGAUUUUGACAUAACCGAAGCUUUUUAUUUAUAGUUAUUAGUAUUUUCUGUUCCUGUCAUUUCGAACCUUUAUAGUCAGGCGAGAGUAGUAAUUAUCCUCUUGUUAAACAUGACAAUGGAGCUUUGUGUUAAAAUCGCCGUUUAAACCAACGAAACAAAGACAACUUUAUAUCCAUUCAACAAUGUCUGUUGUUUUAAUCCAGCAAGCGAAUUACUAGACUGUGCAGUUUCAUUUGUUAAAAUAGAAUUAAUAUCAAAAGAUCGUGCUGUAACGUAAUGAACAGAGCUUAUAUGUAAAAAUAUAUAUUGAGCAAUAUAAAAUAAAAAUAAAAUAAUUGUUUUGUCUCUAUA